AUGGGCGGUCGCGAGAACAGUAUCUCGGACUCGGAAGGGCGUUCCCUGACCCCUGACCUUGAGGAUGAAGGCAUUCAUUCAAUGUCGCCAACCUUUGGCGCGUCGCCCACGUUCAGCACCAACGGAAACCACCACGAUCACAGCCACGGUCAUCUUCAUAGUCUCGGACAGGCGCUGUCCUCGAGGAAGUCUAUUCACUCGCACAAGUCGCGUUCUCAAAGCCACAAGAUUACCAGCGCCAGAUCGCCGACCUCGCCAUGGCAGAAUCUGGCGCCCAAGGACAAGUUCAAGGCGGCUGUGCGCAAGGUGAUGGCCAUGCGUCGGGGAAUGACACUGCUGGGGGCUGGGAAGGCUAUUGGAGGCGAGCCAGGCAUUGACCCCAGCCGUCCAGAGUCGGACGUGGCGUAUGGUCACAUUCACGAAGAAUGCGCCAUUGAGGUUGUGGAUUACUCUGCCAUUCGACACAGUUCCCACAAGAUGUCGAAUGCUGAGUUUAUUGAUCUCAUGGAUAACGAAGAGACCUGGAAAGCUCCUCGGUGGGCCAAGGUGCGGUGGAUCAAUAUUGGAGGAUUGAGCUGGGAUGUCAUCAAAGCAUUGGCCUCGCGAUAUGCGUUACACCCGCUCGCUUUGGAGGAUGUCUUCCACGGACAUUCUCGCAAUCGCUCCAAGGCUGACUACUACACGAAGCACCUCUUCAUUCGUGUCCUUUGCCACGAACUGGCUGACGGCGCUCUCGAUGAGCCCCCACCAUUGCUUAGCGAAGUCAUGCCCAGGGCUGAAUCCCCGGAUUCAAUCUCUAUCGACGAAGAAAGGGCAUCUGACAGGGAGGAUGAGAAGGCGCAAUACAGUGCGGCCAACUAUGCCCGCAGAUCGGGCCUUCGAAGGCGGCCCAUCUUACCUCGCUCAUUGGCCGAUCUCCCCAAGAUGCAUUCGCAAUCAAGCACAGGUACAUCCCAACUUGCGGCGUUAUUGAGGAGGGAAGGGCAGUGGAAGGCUAAGGCCCAGCAAGAGAAAAGAAAGGCAGCGGAUGCGUUCUUGGAGAAGCUGAAGGAGUCGGGACAACGAGUGCACGUCAAGGUCACCCCUAUGUUCAUGUUUCUCUAUCGGGACGGAACUGUUAUCACAAUCCACAAAACCCCCGACCUUGAGUUCUCAACGCCCAUUUCCGCUCGAUUGGGGCAGAGAGACACCGUGCUCAGGAAAUCCGUUGAUCCUUCCCUACUUGUUCACGCACUCUUGGAUAUCACCGUCGACAAAGCGAUGCAGGUCAUCGACGAAUACCACAAGAAGAUUUCAAAAAUGGAGAGGAAGAUUCUCAUGAAGCCCAACAUGAAGACUGUCAGAGCAUUGCAUAUCCUCGACGGUGACCUUAUCCUCCACAAACGAACUCUCGAUCCCAUCAAAACGAUGAUUUUUGGUUUGCGCCGGUAUGACCUUGACCGAUGUGCAGCCCUUAUCGACAUGUCGGAUCCCGCAAACAAGGACGUGAAAGUCGUAGGCUUUAUCAGUCACAAAGCCAAGAUCUACCUGGGAAUGAACUUCGAACCUUUCCCCGCUGUAAACAAGCAUACAGAUCUCUAUUUCUGGAUCAUUGCACUCCCAUGCAUGGGAGUUGUGAUUCCCCUGUUCCUGUUCAGCGAUAUUAAGAACAUGAUUCACUACAUCUCAAAACGCAUCGCUGGUCGCAAGUCUGCUGGAGGUUCGUUCUGA